UCCCUCACGAUCCUACGCCGGACGUACCUUCCCUCGCCAGGCGCAGCACCGUCUCUCCCAUUCUUUAAGUGUCGUCCAAGUGACCGACUUCCACUCUCUUUAACUGCACGGUCAUUGAACUGACUGACCAACUCUUCACGAUGUUCUCGCUUCCAAUCCUCGUUUCAGCUGCUGCAGUCCUCCUCUCAGUCACGUCUAUGCCUUUAAGACGAGAUGUCGACUCUACCCUCGUCCCCGAUUUCGGAGUGACAGCUGGAAGCCCAGAUCCGGCUGGCUCAGCGAGCUGCGUCAACCCGGCCACUGGCGUGCUUAUUCCGUGCCAGUGCCCUCCUCCCCGCGACAGCUUUAUCGCCGAACUUAACCAGAACGUCGCCGCUGGGAAAGUGCUCAACAACCCGAGCGUCGCCGUCACGUUCCCCGAGGAUGGUUCCAUCGCAUCGCAACUUGCCCGCCUGCAGGCGUGUACUGUGACUCUGCAGAACUUGAACGGUACUGGGAAGGGCUGCCCUCAAGCCGCGACCAACUGGGCCGCCUUGCAGAAGGAGAUCGAGUCUGGUGGCUCGACCUCUGCGGCUGGUGGGUCCGCUACUGCCGCAUCUACGUCCGCUGCAGCUGCGCCGUCUUCCGUCGCAAACGGUACUUCUGCCGCUACGAGCAUGGUAGCUAUCGCGAGCAGCUCCGUCGCCACAGCAACUGCGACCUCUGCUGCUGCCAUCGCCACUACCUCCUCUAACGGUACCAUCGACCCGACUCUGGUGCCGGACUAUGGUAUCACUGCCAACUCAAACCCUACUGGCACUGGGUACGUUUCACUCGUUCUAACGGCGGGCUGUUCUCACUCUUCGCGUUCCAGUGACUGUGACGGCGUUAACGGCGUCAAGAUCCCGUGUUUCUGCCCUCCCGAUCGUGAUGAGUUCAUUGGCAACCUGAGCGCGAAUGUCGCCGCAGGCAAGGUGAUCAACAACCCCACUGUCGCGCUCUCGUUCCCGCUCGACAACUCGACACAGUCCGCACUCACGCGGCUCAACGCGUGUCUUGUGACACUACAGAACCAGCGUGGAACUGGUGUCGGCUGCCCUGCGGCCGCUACGACCUGGGUCGCGCUCCAGAAGUCCCUCCAGUCGCAGAUCCAAUAAGUCUCUGCCUCGCACCUGACUACGACUUUCCCUGUCCAGCCCCGCGGAGGGGCUCCCUGCCAUAGCAGGGCACAUACACGCCACGCAUUAUCCUUAUUGGUCG